AUGCCUCCGAGGAAGAGAGACACGAAGGCGGUGGCAAGGUCCCGUGCGGCAGAACCACGACGUUCGGGUCGUGCUGCUGCCAGUUCUGCCGAUGUAGUAGAACAGUCGGGUCUCGCCAUGUCGACCCCAAAUUCUGAAGCGAGCUCACGAGCUAGGACCCCAAGAAGGCCUGCCGCUAGAGGGAAAUGGAGCGAGGAGCAGCUAUUGACGAGCGACAAGUCUGUCCUCAUUGACCUUGAUCUAGUGAAACUGCUGGCACGACCUGAAGCAUGGAAUUGCCUUGAGGAAAGCGAUAAGCGCGAAAUCCUCGCUCUACUUCCCCCAGAUGUUCACCCGGAGGCACAAGCUACGUUAGAUGACCCAGACGCAAAGAUACAACCAAUACCCGACUCUUUUAUCCGCUAUUCAAACAAUUGGCGCGACGGCAUUCGCCAGUUCCAGAUCGACCUCCAAAACGGCCGCUACGAUCCCGAAUGGCUACGUCAGGCGCAGGAAGCCAGACAGCAGCGGGAAAACGGUGACUUUGACGACUUCAAAGAGCGCGAAUAUGAACAGUUCUGGGGACAGAAGCAGAAAGUUAUCUGGAAUGCACCUGCUGGAGAAAGUGCGCGUGUGAAGAUGGGAACUCUUAUCGAUGAAGGUGUCAUCCAGCUGGGCGACGUCUGGAAAUUUUACUAUGUUUACGGUAGAGGCCCCGGAAGGAUUGUCAUCGAAAAGGAAGUUAGGGUCGUUGACCGUGAUGGGGUGAAAUUGACUUUUGCGAUUCCACCUGGUGAACGGGUCUUCCUCCGCAGCAAUUUCGACAAAUCAGAGCCAUUUUCGACACCAGAGAAGGGAAAGGGAGAUGUGAAAGCCGACCUCGACACACAACCACAGCCAGUGACAUCAUCUUGUAAUGAUAAACAGUUGAAACACGAGGAACCUGAAUCACAGGUCACUAACCAAACCUCUAAUGGUGAGGAGGUCAGACUUGACACCGACCAAGCACCACACGAGACUCCUGCUUCUUCCAACGGCAAGGAAAUCAAGCUCGACAAUGGACGGACGCCACAUGAGAUCCCUGCAUCUUCCACUGACGAUAUGAAUAUCGACACCGAUACCGCCACACAGCCAGUCAUUUCACAUUCGAAUGAUGAAGAGAGCCAACAAGAAACCCCAUUCAGCGUUGUUAUUUUCAGCCCCGGUGGUACACGAAAGCAAAAACCCAAGCGUACAAUCCCUGAGCCCGAACCUCAACCCCCAGUGAAACGCAAGCGAGGACGCCCACGUAAAAACCCUCCAAAGCAACCGGAACCGGAGCCGGCCAAGGAACCGGAGGUUCCCCAGGAAAUAGAAGUGUCCCAAGGCGAGGAACAGAAUACAGAUGCUCCUCUUUCUUUCAUGGAAAUCGUGGCUGCAAAAAUUGAAGAAAACGAAAACUGCAGAGCUGCAGCAGAAUCCCCUCAACCAAACCACAAUCCCCCUUUGUCGGUGCUUUCUUCUAGCCCUGAGCCCCCAGCUCCAGAGUUAUCUACGUCAGUAGAGGGGCCAUCCAUUGCCGAUACCAACGGCAAUGAUGGCAAAGUGGAAUUAUUGGAAUCAUCCAUGGCUCAGUCAGAUACACCUAUGGACAGCAGCGUGGCACCAAUCGAGGCUCCCGUUGAAGCCCCCACUGAGGUACCCGCUGAGGCACCCGUCGAGGCUGAGCAAGACGAAAUCAAUAAACCCCUAAGUACCGAAGAACAGAAAGAUCCAAUCCCAACUUCAUCUCAAACCAAUACCAGUGAGCCGGACGAGAUUAUUGUUCCCAAUCUCUCCUCGCCACAAGCACUUGUCAUGAAGAUUCUACAAAUCGAUGGCCGCAUGCCGAACGGCCGUACAGCAAAUGCCUGGAAGGAAAUUCGGUGCUACCGAAACAACCAGGACAUGGGCAGUCUCUUUGAUGUGCGAGAGGCUUGGUUUCUCCAGCAUGGACGACAGAAGUAG